UUAACAAAGACCGAGGCAUAAAAAUAACGUCGAACGUGAUGGACAGUGUGAAAUAAAACCGAAGGAUUUAAAAGUCUGAGAACCUCUGAAAGAACAGUGACGCAUACGCCCGUCUCGGGUCAGUACUUAGUUUGAUCGCAAGGUGGAAGCACGAUAUUCGUUUUGUCUGCUCAAAGUACUGUCAAACAUGAAUAUUCAUCCCAUAAAAUCGCGUUGGAUUCCGAGCAAAGGAUUGGUAAAAAAAGCAGCACGGUAGGUUCGCGAAGAGUACGAUGCACCGAACGGAUAAGAGGAGUUUCUCCCUCUGAUGAAAAACAGUCGAUAUUGACAGCUCCCGCCUCGGUUCAGGAUAACCUCUCGGCCCGAUCGACAACAGUGACAACUCUUGCCACGUCUUUAGUAGAUUGCCCAAAACGCUGUGAAACAAACGAUGGCUUGUCUGUUGCUGAAUCAAAAAAACGUGCAUAUCAAAAUACCCUCGGCAGAUACCGUUGACGGUGUCACAUAUUAUUGCAUCGAGGUUAGGGUUGCCUCGAUCAAAUGGACCGUGAAACACAGGUACAACGAUUUUGCAGAGCUCCAUGAGAAGCUUGUUUCUGAUAACUAUGUUAAGAAAGAUAUAUUACCACCAAAGAAACUUCUCGGCAAUAAAUGCGAAGCUUUUGUAGAGAAGCGUAGACAAAGCUUAGAGCUCUACUUGAACGAAGUUUAUAGUUAUUUAAAAAAGGCAAUGCCCAGAGAAUUGGCUGUAUUUCUUGAUAUGCAUAUAUAUGAUAUAUUUUUUUUGCUACAGAGUUUGGCUUUAGAAUUUUUUGCAGAAGGUGACAGUUUGUUACAAAAGUCCAAGAGUUACAAGUUCAAUCCAGUACAGUUGUAUGCGAUCAGUGAAAGAUUGAAGCAGCCCUGCCCAUCGCUAGAAGUCGUCGAUAAAAAAUACGAUUUCAGUCACGUUUUGGAUUUUAAUUCUCAUUUAACCAGUCUGAUAAUCGAAGGGACUUCAGAACCUUAUAGAACCAGCAAUAUUUAUUCGUCUGCGCUCUCGAUCGAAUUAUCGACCUUUAAGAACAUAGAAGAUCUAACAAUUGAUUGCUAUCCUGUAGAUAAAAUAUAUCACAUGGGCAAUCUUAGAGAUACAGUAAAAUACCUAAAAGUGAACAAUACGAAACUCAGAAAUAUCGUCGAGUUGGCAAUGUGUGAAGAAGUACACAAAAACCUCGAAAAUGCCAAUGACUCACACGUUUGGUUAAAGGUCACUCAUCUGGACCUUAGCGAUAAUCGAAUAGAAACAAUAGACGAAGCUAUCAAAUUAUUACCUCACAUAGAAUGUCUCACGUUGAACAAUAAUCUGCUGUCGGAAAUUUCUAACGUCACUUUGCUACCCAGAUUAUCCCAAUUGUACUUGGCGUCGAACAAUUUCACUACUCUACCAGAUGAUCUGCACACGAAGCUAGGAUAUAUCGUGUACAUCGAUUUGUCUCAGAACAAAUUAACGUCGUUAUCGAGUUUCUCGAAAUUGUAUUCGUUGGAGGGAUUGGACGUGAGUUGCAAUCGCAUAGAGAAAAUCGAGGAAGUAAAAAAUAUUGGACAUCUUCCUUGCUUGGAACAUUUACGGUUGACCGGUAAUCCGGUGUCGACCAUCGUUGAUUACAGAGUAAAAGUGUUAGAGCCAUUCGGUAAGAGGGCCGCGGAUAUUUGCUUGGACAACGAAAAACCUAAUCAAAAGGAAUUGGACACAGUUUCUGUUCAUCAAGCAUUACGCAUAGCAAGAGAGGGUAAAUCACCAACGUUCACCGCGUCCGAUGCACCGCUAUUCUCUGCAGAAAUUCCUAGUAUAUAGGAACGCAUGUAAAUUAUAUUUUUAUUACAGACAAUAGGUUUCUUACGUGAAAGAAUACUUUGAUAAGAAUUUAUACAAUUUAUCAGAAUUUUAUCGAUUUCCUUGUCUUUGAAGAGGUAUUACUGUCAGAAUUUGGUCAGCCUCUGAUGAAUACGUUGUUUUUGGUACAGUGAAGUCCCGCUACAAGUCUGGAUGAGACUUUAGCAUAGUAUAAAAGUGUAGGUAGCGAAUCUAAAUUGCUUAAUUUGAAAAUUUAAAAAUUGAUAAAUUAAAAAAUCUCGUAACUCUCGAAUUUAAAAUAAUGGGAAUUCGCUUAACUAGUGAUAUAAAUGGUGGCAAUAUAACAAGACUGCACUGUAUGAACAAACAGGUAAUCUUACAAGCGAACUUCAAUCGCUGCUUGAAACGACGAAUAUCCAAAAGGUCAUCGUAUUAUCUCGCCUUAUAGUCCUUUUUUAUAUGGUAUUUGUUGUCGUGUCGGUGCUUUUUAUCACCUUUUAACAUGAUAUCCUAAUCAGUAUAAUAUAUACCAAAACAAUAACAAAGUAGUUUAAGCCCGAUUGGUAUUUAUGGUAGUUACAGUAAAAUGUUAGAACAACUAAUACACACGAGAUAAAUCUUUGUUCAAGGAUAAUGUGUGCCACCUACCUGUAUAAAAGAAAGAAGACAAAACAAGAUUUGUGAGAUUCUGCUGUGUACAUAAUUAUUUUUAAAUUGUAUAUUACGUGUUACCAUCAUAUAUUUUUUAUACGAGUUUGAAAUAUAAAACAAAUCAAUUAGAUUUGAACGACGACGUAUUUAUUUGUAAUUUAUAUUGAGAAGAAACUUGAUUUUCGUGCAACAAUGUAGUGGUUCUUGAAUUCAGCUUGAUUCACGUGAGAAAAACAUGAUUCAAGAUCGCGAAACGUUAAUUUUAUGUUACGUUUACCGAGAACCAUUGUAACUAUAAAUUAUACAUGAAUUAUUUUAAAUGAACGUUAUUUAUUGUGCAUUUAUAAAUAUAUAUAUGUAUAUGUGCUAAACACAUGCAUGUCAUACGUUUGUCAAUGAAAAAGUGGAUCAACCAAAUCUUUGAUACUUUUAUUCGAUACAGUCUCAAACGUCUAUUAUCGACAUCUGUUAUUUAUUGGAUAGAUGUGUAAUGCGAUAUUAUUUUAAAAAAUGCAUCACGUUUCGUGCGUAACAAUUUUAUAGCGAUUUAACUCGAAAAUAUUCCUGUAUAUAAGAUGAGAGAUAUUUUGUUAAUAAAGAAUAUUAAAUCAAUAAACUGUGAUAACAUGUAGACAGAAUUUUUGUUAAUUUUUAAUUUCACGUCGUCGAAUGAUAACAUUGGCGUAAUUAAAUAUUUAAUUACGUCAGUUGAGGGCAGCAGGAUAUCAACAAUAAAAAAGAAAACUGAUCUUUUAUCAUUUAUUUUUAUUUAAACUUCCACAUUGUUUCGCAUUACCUUUUUAAACUUCAUACGUAUCUCGACAAUAGUAAAAUAUUCAUAAAUAAUAAUAAUUAUAAUAAUAAUAAUAUGCUUAAAAAUUCUAAGCAUUCACGUGUUAUAGUCUUUUAAUGUAGUACACCUAAAACUAACACAUACAUAAGUUAUCAUUUUACAGAAAAGAUCGCUUCUGUUUGCGUUCGAAAAUCUUUUUAAUUAUUUUUUACGAAACAACAUCUAAAGUUAUACAUAUGAAAGGCAAUGCGUGUUUCUAGAAAAAUUCUUGUCACUUUCGAAAAGGAAAAGUAUCGAAGCUGUACCAAAAAAAAUGAUUUAUCAAAUAUCUUUGAUUCUCUACGAUCUUUGCGCCGUUGUUAUGCCUUAAGAUUAUAAUCAUUCUUUAUUUAUAUAUGUGUAUAUAUAUAUAUUUUUUUAUAUUUCGCCGACCAUAAAUACUUUAAAUUACAAAUCGAUUCUGGUCGAAACGAUGGUAAAAACACGUGUAUCUUAAAGAAGUAUCAAAGCGACAAAGCUAAUCGAAAAAGAAACACUGCAUAUCAAAUAGUUAUAUAUUAAUUUUUAUACAAAAUUAGGCUGUUCUCAGGAUAAUCUGCCAGCUCUCGAAUAAACGAUUAGUGAAUUUGAAAAUUCAUCUUUCGAUAUGAUAUCGUGGCAAAAAUUAUCCUAUU